AGGAACACCACCACUGAAUAAAGCAGAAUGGAGCGCGGGUCAGCGGCCGACUGUACAGGACUGUGAACAAGCAACAUGCAACUCGUCACUAAAUUAUCUCUAUUGUUGCAAUUAUUUGUCUCAAUACAUACUAUUGUUAUUUUGAUUUCUUGUCUCUCUGCCAAUGUCAAUUUAACAAGUGCAUCAUCAUUAAAACAUGAUGUUAGUCAAAAAGAAAGCAAAAAUAAUUUACCACUAAAUAUCAAUGAUGGCAAAAAUGAUGAUGAAGAUAUUAGCGAAGAAAAAUUAUGUAUUUCCUGUGAAUUGAUGACUGAUUCGCUAAACACCAUUAAAAUAUUGAUGAAUAAACUUGAAGAUGUUAGUAAAAAAUAUUGUUCAGCUACAUUUUCAGCAAUUGAAAAAAAAUCAUCAGAUACUAGAAGUCGUGGCUCAAGAGCAAUGACAAAUUUAGAAGACAAUGAUGAAGAACAAUAUCCACAAGUACGUUGGAAAAGUCCUGAUUUUAUGAGGGGUAAAAAUGGAGAUGUUAAUGAUCGUUAUAGACCACCAGGACAAGGUGGACAAGCUGGACAAGGUGGACGACCAGUACCACCACCACCACAAGCAUUACCAAUGCCAAGAUUUCCAACAAGAGGUCCAACAUUUGGACCACCAAGAGGUGGUAAUAGAAGAGGAUUGGUUCCAAUAAAAAAUAUUACAAAUCCAUUGGAAUUUUUAAAUUUAAAUGUCGAAAAAGAAGAACAAUCUGGACAUUGGAAAGGUCAAAAUUUUAUCAAAAGUACACAUGAUGGAAUUCGUGAUAUAUUACGUCCUGUAUCAUCAUUAUUACCAGUUGGGCUAGCUCCAUCAAUACCAUUGAUAACACAUAGAUCAUCAUUACCAUCAAGACAAUGGAAAGAUCCAACAACACAACAAGAAAAUAAUGAUAAACUUUCAUCAACAAAAUUUGAUAGUUUAUCACAAUUAUUAACAUUAAAUAAUUUAUUUCCACGUGAUGAACAGGAUAUUAUGAUUACUGAAAAUGAUGAUAUUCCAACUAUUGUUAUUCAUGAUGAAAAAGAACUGGAAAAUUAUAAAAAUGAAGACAUGGUUUUCUUUUUAUGUUCUAAAAUGAAAAAUUCAAGAAGACAUCUACAAACUGAUGAUUUAAAAAGUCGUCAUAAUAAACCAACUCGCAUUAAUAAAGCCAAAAAAAAUAAAGAAAAUACAAAAUUUCAUGAUGAUGAUACUAAUAUCAAUACAAAUAUAAAUUUAAAUAAUAUUAUGAAUUAAAAAAAUCUCAAAUAAAUUAAUUUUAAAAUUGUUUAACAAUUUUAAAAAAUAAAAAAAUUACAACAUAAUAAAUUAAUCAAUAUUAUAAAUAAUAAAUAAAAGCUAUAAAAAAAUAUGUAUUCAUUUUUUUUUUUUCUUUUCAGAAACACGUGUGAAUAAUUUAUGUCUUCAACUAAAAAUAAAAACAAAAUUUAUGUUUUAAUUUUCUCUACACACAUGGCCUAUAUUUUUAUAAUUAAAAAACAAUAAUAACAACAACAAUAACCAAUUAUAAAUCAAUUAAAUAAAAUAGUUAAAAAUCUAAUUCUCAUUAAAUAUUAAAUGAAUGACAUUAACGUCUCAUUCAUUUAUUAAUCGAUUCGUUUUAAUGUAAAUUUGUUUGAUUUCUCUUUCCUUUUCAUUUGAAAAAAAAAAAAAAACCAAAGUAAUAUGGUUUGUUAAUAUACAUUAAUAUUUUUUUUUUAUGCAUCGUAUAAAGAUUAAUUUUUGAAAACCUAUAUAUUGAUUGUUAAAUAAAUAAUCAUGUUUUAAAGCGUGAAGUAACUAA